UAUAAGUUCUUACAAUAUUUUUUUACUUCUUUAUUUCUUUGUAAUCUGGAAAGAAUUCUCACUCACCAAAUGGAAUCUUAUCUUGCUGCUUAGAAAGUCGCUCUUUAGCUUUAAAUUAAUUAUAUCCCAAAGUGGUUAAGAAAUGAGACACUGUACAAUUGGCUACAAUUACGGCUGUAGUUGAAAUCCGUCAUGAGCCAACAACUAAAACCUCCGUUCCUGUAAUCUACUCAAAAGGAGAAGCUGUCAGAAUGUAAGCCCAAGAUCUCAUCCGGAAAAACUGUGUCCGCUGAUCUCUAUUGAUCUGGUUGCACUAGUAGAAGCAAUAGUGGAGGUUGUAAAAAAAAAACAUUUUUUAAAAAAAUAAUUAAGGUAAAGGUACUGAUUUAAGAAUAGGUUUGGGAUGCAGGUAAAGCUUUUUUAUUGGAGGUUAUUUUAUAUAACAUAACAAUGAACUUACUGUAAAAAGAAAUGAAAACAGAAGCUAUUUUGAAUGAAAUAGAAAAGUGGAACUAAAAUCUCCAGAGAAGCUGUUUCUCAAUAAAUCAGACUUCUGUAAUGGCAAUUAACCAUGUUAAAAGUAAGAACAAUGGAAAUAAAAAUGAAUUAUAUAAGGCAAAAAACUGAACUGAUAAGCAAACCGUGGAAGUGGCUAACAAAAUACAGAAAGAGAAAAGAAAAAGCUAUUCACAAUGACCAGAGGGAGAUACUGUACUAUGCAGCUGUACAAAAAAAAAAAAAAAAUCCAUUAAUAUUACUCAAAUUUAUAUAAAAGAAGUGGCAUCUCAUUAGAGAAAAAUAAAUGAAUAUCCAAAGAAAACAAUUUAUCGAAGAUUACAAAGGAUCAGAGGCAAACACUGACGUUUCUGAAGCUAUAAAAAGAUUAAACUAGGAAAGGUCCUUGUACCAAAUGGAUUAUAAAUGUAUAAAACAUAAUGAACUUUCCUUACAAGGAUGAAAGAUGCCAGAGAGUUGGAAAGAGCAACAAACCACUAAUACCUAAAGAAGGGGAAAAUGUGACUUUAACAAGAAAUUAUAGGUCAAUAUUAUUAUUGAAUAAUGACAGCAAGUUAUUUGUAACUAUUUUAGCUGAUAGACUGAAAAUAAUUUUGCCAGGAUUUAUUCAUGAGGAUCAACGUGCGUGUUUACCUCAAGGGAUAACCUUAGAAAUGUGUUCAAUAAUUUAGAAUAUUCGGAGCAGAUGCAGAAAAGGUUUUGACCAUUUGAACUGGGCUUUCUUGUUCAGGGUUCUGGAAGAUUUUGAACUUAAAAUGAAUAAGAUUGUUUACACUUCACAGGAAGCACAAAUUAUUAUUAAUGGAGAUAUAACAAAAACUCUGUGAGAGACAAAGGAUUAAACUAUGGCAGAAGGAUGUGUCUAAAUUUGUCUGGAAGGAGGGAAAAUAUAGUGAUACAAAGUGCAAAGGAAUGAGGAUGAUUGAGUUUACCCAAUUAACUUUACCCAUUUUGAAGUUGUAUUUUGCUGUUUGGUUUGGAUGAACUUGUUUGGAGUGAAGAGGAUACAACCUAAGCUUUGGGUGGCAUGGAUAUUUGUGAUACAACAAAGUCAAGAUUAAUGUGGAUUUUUAAAAUUAUUAUAUGUGCCAUAUUGAGAAUAUGGAAUAAACUUGGGUUGUGUUCAAAAACACCUCUGUGGUUCUCAGCCAAGAAGCAUUUUAUAGUUGAGAAAUAUAAUAAGCAAAAAAAAUAUAUGGCUUUAUUAUUGUGACAUGUAGAAUUCUGUGAAACGAAAUACAAGAUAAAUUCAAGAGAACAAUUGAUGGCAGAGGGACAUAGUAAUCAGUGUGUCAGGGCCCACUUCAAAACCUCAUCCUAAGAAAGCAGAACUUGUAACAGUUUCUUCCAAAUGGAACUUUUAUUAGGAGAAGCUGAUAGCAGGCAUGAUAGGCAGGAUCUGAGGGUUUCCCGCUCAGAUCAAUAGGUUAAAAGAGUCCCAAGCAAAGCCCACCCCAGUAGUUUACCUAGUCAGUUUGAAUGGGCCAAUCCUCAGAUGUUAAGCCCGCUGUGGGGAAAGGAGCUGAUCCCUUCUGAAACGGGAGAUAAGCCAGAUGGCCAGAGGCACAUUCCUUUCUCACCCCAAGGUAACAUCAAGGGAGAGACAGUUCAAAGAGCAAAUAUGAUAGAAGCGAUAGAAACAAAGAGACAGUCCACAGCGUCUUCCCCCCUCCCAUUCAGGAUUAUGACAGAACCCAGAGUAAUGAAAGAAAUAGAAAAGAGUUCCCCAUAAAUAAUAUAUAGGUUCUGACACAGUGGUUCUCUUAUCUACAAUUAUUAGAUUUAAAAAUAGACCAAAGAAUUUAUGGUUUUGAACAUUGUGUGGCUGAGUUUGAAAUAGAGUUGUGUACAAAUGGUGAACAUGUGAUUAUUAAAAUGUACAUGCUUUUAUUGAAAUUUGAAGCAGAAUUACCAGUGAAAGAAUUUAUGAUAAAGAACUAAAAAAUUUUGGCUAUAUGAUAUAGGAUGGAACAAUAGAAAAAUAUGUGGCUGAAAGGAUUGAAAUUUACAUUAUUUUUAUACAGUAUUUGCAGUAUCUUUUUCAUAGACAGCUCAAGGUGACAGACAUACCAGUAUUCCUUCCUCCACCUAUUUUGCCUUGUUUUUGCACAUGACAACUGCAGUGAGAUUAUUAUAUACAAAAAUAUGGAAAGAUGGAGGAAUGGCUGGCGAAAAUGAUGGAACUUGCUGAGAUGGACAAAUUGACUUCUUUGAUCAGAGAAAGGUCUACUUUUUCCCCCCUGUUUCAUGUAAAAAAUCUAUAAGGGGUUUCCAGUCAGCAAUAAAUGAACUUACGAUUUAUAAUCUGAUGAUUAGAUAGAAGUGAUUGUAGAAAAAAGAGAGUCAUGUUGUAUCCGUAGAAUAAGAGGCAAGCUUAUAAGUCUACUUACAACUUUUGUAAAGAAGCAUUUUAGCUUUUUUUCUUUUCUAUUUUCUUUUACUUUAGCUUUCCAGUUGACUUCUUUCCUUUCUUUUUCGUACUUACAUUAGUCAUGAGAAUAAAUAUACUACAAAGAAGUCAAACAACAGAGCAAGAAGGGAUAGUCUAUCACCAUUUCCUGUUACUCUAUCUCCUCAAAAUAGCUGGCUGGGCCGUGGAAAGCAGGAUUAAAUGGACAAUUGCUCUGACCCAUCAGGAAUCCUCUAAAUAUUUAGGCUGAUCUGAAAACUCUUGGUUAAGAUUCAUCAGGAAAGAUAAGGAGAUUUGGCACUAAGGUGAAUAUUUUGCCUAAAUUGAAAGCAAGGGUACAUAUACUACAAUAAGCAGUUAGCUAAAGCUUGGCUGUACUUCCUUAAGCACUUCAGCAACACAAGGAAAUAAUAGAAAAACCUGUAGACUUCAUUCUUCUGGUAUUUGGAAAGCUAGACUCUCAGACACUCGUGACUGAAAAUACUUCUCCAUUUUCUGCACUGUCAGUGAAUAAUUUCCUGAUGACUGGUCCCAAGGCGUACCUCAUCUACUCCAGCAGUGUUGCAGCUGGUGCCCAGAGUGGUAUUGAGGAAUGCAAGUUCCAGUUUGCUUGGGAUCGUUGGAACUGUCCUGAGAGAGCUUUGCAACUCUCCAGCCAUGGAGGCCUUCGCAGUGCUAACCGAGAAACAGCUUUUGUCCAUGCAAUCAGCUCAGCUGGGGUCAUGUACACAUUGACACGAAACUGCAGCCUUGGGGACUUUGACAAUUGUGGAUGUGAUGAUUCUCGCAAUGGACAGUUUGGAGGCCAAGGAUGGCUGUGGGGAGGCUGCAGUGACAAUGUGGGCUUCGGGGAAGCCAUUUCCAAGCAGUUUGUGGAUGCCCUUGAGACAGGGCAGGAUGCCAGAGCAGCAAUGAAUCUGCAUAACAAUGAAGCUGGCCGAAAGGCAGUGAAAGGGACGAUGAAGAGAACCUGCAAGUGCCAUGGGGUUUCGGGCAGCUGCACCACCCAGACCUGCUGGCUGCAACUCCCCGAGUUUCGAGAAGUGGGGACAUACCUGAAGGAGAAAUACCACAAAGGAUUGAAAGUAGACAUACUGAAAGGGGUGGCCAACAGCGCUGCAAGUCGAGGCGCCAUAGUGGAAACCUUCAGCUCAAUCUCCAAAAAGGAGCUUGUCCACUUGGAAGACUCUCCUGACUACUGCUUGGAGAACAAGACUUUGGGCCUCUUAGGCACGGAAGGCCGGGAGUGUCUGAAGAGAGGCAAGGCCCUGAGUAAGUGGGAGAAACAGAGCUGCCAGCGCCUGUGUGGAGACUGUGGGUUGGCUGUGGAGGAACAGCGAGCAGAAAUGGUGUCGAGCUGCAACUGCAAAUUCCACUGGUGUUGCGCAGUUCGCUGUGAGCAGUGCCGCAAACGUGUCACCAAGUAUCACUGUGUACGCAAGGAGAAGGGAGAGCAGCACGGGGGCAACGUGCCCCCACGGAAGCUCCGGAGGAAGCAGCCUUAGUGCCGACUCAGCAUCCUUUGCUCCUUCACAACAUCUCAUAUUUUAUUCACUUCUGCUUUGUUUUCCAUGUUUAGAUCUAUCUAUGAAAAGGAAGCCUUCGCCUAUCUAGUCUUUAAUCCCACUUUGGAGAACCCACCGGAAGACGUUUGCAGAUGUUCCAGAAAAGAUGAACGUAGCCCCAAGGUGACAGACUGUUACGGAAUGAGUUUGGUUUUUUUUAAUCACCAUAUCGAAGAAUGAAAGUAGGGUAUUUUGAAUUGUUGGCAGGGGUUCUUGAGCUGUCCUGUUGACAGCUAGCUAAACUAGAGAGCCAGUUUGAUAUAGUGGUGAAGACAUCACGCUGGAAACCAAGAGGCCAUGAGUUCUAGUCUUGUCUGAGUCAACAGUUGGAUGAUCUCGGGUGAAUUUUUUUCUCUCAACCCUCGGAAGGAGCAAACCACUUCUGAAAAGUCUUGCCAAGAAAGUCUCCAACAAUUGGACAAUGACAGAAAAGAAUUAAAAAAACCCUAGAGCAGUGGUUCUCAACCUUUUUAAUGCCGCGACCCCCAACCGGUCGUAAGUCGAGGACUGCUCAACCGGUCGUAAG